GUCACUUCCAGGGUUGCCUGGCUGGCACUGUUGGACGAGCAUCGGAUUCAGUUGGUGUUCCGGUUUCGGGUUGUGCUGUCAGUUGCCUUUUUCUCUGUGCACAGCCACCGAGAGAUUGAGUUCCAUCAGCGUAGUGUCGCGUCGCGUUGGUUGUGGUCUGUGUCCGUGUCAGUGUCCGUAUCUGUGUGUGCUGCUCGAGCGUGUGCGUGAGUGCGUGCGAGCGUGUGUGUGUGUGCCUCUGCCUGUGCCUGUUGUCUGUCGCUAACGGUGCGCGCGCGUGUAUCGGCGAGAGUGUGUGCGUGCGUGUACUGUGCACUAAAAUGCCAUGUACAUAGAUACUAAUACAUGCCUACCACACACAUACAGACAUGGGAAUAAAUUAGAAAACGUUGCUCGAAUACUCCUGUGUACCACCAGACCAUCAGACCAUCAGACCAUCAUACCAUCAGACAAGCAGCCUCGAGCUAUGGAUGACAGAACUAAAACAAACCGAAAACUAUAUAAAUAAAAUGAAAAAUAUACACAUAAUUUAAGGCUAAGCAAUAUUUAUUCUGAUUGAGUGAGAGGAAUUACAAAAAUCCAACAGUGCGCGCACAAAACCGAAAAUCGAAAACUGCGUGAAAAAUCUUUUAUCGUUCGACACUAAAAACCCGAAACCAAUAUUACCGAAGCAAUGGAAAAAGGCUUAACAUAUAGACUAAAACAAAGAAAACUGCACAAAACCUAAACAAAAGAAACCAUAAGCAUUAAACAUUAACGAUGACAAAGAGAGAUAUUUUAAACAUAUUGUAUAUACUGUAAAAUUUAUUCGAACAAUAUACAAAAAAAGAAGAAGUAUUUGUGCACACAAGGAGGCGACAAAUGGAUUUUAAUACCUAUCAUUUGUACUCAGCAACAACCGAAACAAGAAGAAAUCACUUUGAAUGCAAAUUUUCUGUUAUAUAGAAAAUUGUUAUAAAAACGCAGAGAUUGCUGCUUUAAUUUUCAAUAAGCAGGCGAAACACGCACAAGAUUGAUAAAGUAAAUACCAAAGAAAACAUAAGAUCUACUGUGGAAAUUUGUUCACUUUAAAUUGAAUUAAAUCAUUCGAUCCACUCGAUACAUAGUCGUACAUAUGCAUAUUCCGAUAAUCGCAUAUAACUCGCAUCUAAGAUAUAAUCAUUAUUGAGAUAAAAUUACUGGCAUUACACUCAUGAAAUCUCAAGAGGUCGCGGCAGACAAAUUUGAUAAAGUAUUUGUAAACAAAAAAAUAAAACAAAUUUAAUGAAUAAAACAAUAAAUGGAGCAUUUCUAAUAACAACUAUUCACCUAAAUCAACUAAAUAUUUAUAUACCAAUCGGAUCGCCUAGUUAUAUUGAUUGCAAAAUCAAACAGGAACACAGAAGAGCCACAAAUUUUGGGACACAGCACAGAGGAGCAACAGAGGAAUAAAAGCAGUAAACCAAAUGCUACGAAGCACUGCCAUAUACAAAUACAAAUACAAAUACAACUGCAAGUGAUUGCACGGCGAGGACUACCAUUUGAAUCGCUCGUCAUUUAUAACUAAGGACAUACACAACUGUAGAAUAAGAAGCAAAUGAAGGAGAGGAAAUUUUACAAAAUCAGAGACUACAGACAAAUGAGACGGAAAAAGUAACAUUGGAAGAAUAGAAACGGAAACAGCAACAAAUUAGGAACUUGUUUUUAGAAAAAUUCACAAAAAACACGAACAGAUAUGAAAUAAUAAUAAACAAGACUCUCUGUCUACCACUUUUCCAGCCAAAGGAAAAGCAGAAGCACAAGCAAAAGCAAAAGCACGAAAACCGAAGCUGAAGUGUAAACUUUUAUUAUAGGCAAACAAAAGAAAAGAAAAGCAAAGAAAACGCUCUUAGGGUUGUAAAGGAAACGAGCAAACAAAAGGAGAGCCGUAAUAAAAUUGCAGUGGAUGGCAAACAAUAAAACGCAUACUCGCCAUAUUGAUAAAAGUGAAACGUUGAAAAUCUCAUAGUAUUAGGUAGUGUUAAGGACAACCAAAGCGAACAAAGUCGGGGAAAAUGUAAGCUGCAGCAGCUGGAUAAGGCAGAAAAUCCUAAAAUUUAAUUAUUACAAUCUAGCAGAAGGCAGUGGAAGGCAGACACAUAUCCGCUGGCAACAACCAACACGAGAGAGACUAUGAAAAAUGCACAACUGAAGCUGAGUGACGUUGACGAUGACGAGCUGUGGCUGGCAGUUAGAUUAGCACAGUGCAGCAGCAGCAGCACCACCAGCAGCAGCAGCAGCACCAGCAGCAGCAGCAGCACCAGCAGCAGCAGCAGCAGUAGCAGCAUCAGCAGAAGCAGCAAGAACAACCAGCAACUUUCCCAACUGCAACUAAGGAGCUUAAGUACAAAACACUACAGCAAUAUUGCAGAGCAGCAGACGCGAGCAGCAGCACGGCAGCAGCAAAAUGUAGCCUGCAACGCGAGCAACAAUGGACAGCAACAGUCGCUAGGCAGCAACAUGUUGUCGCCACAGGCAGCAGCUGCAGCGCCAGCAGUGGCAGCAGCAUCAGGAGCAUCAACAAAAGAAACAGUUUCUAGCGGCAAUCAUGCAACAACACAACAACAGACAAACAUAAGACUGUGCGCACGCAAGCGACAAAGGAUGCGUCGGCGACGAAAAAGAAAACCAGAAACAGCAGCAGCAGCGUCAGCAGCAGCAGUUGCAACGGAAUUCGAAACAGAAAUAGUAGAAACAUCUAGCAAUAUCAAUAUUAGCAACAAUCUAUGGCCGACAGAGACCUAUAUGCAGUACCGAAGCAGCAACAAUCCAUCAAUAAUACAGGACUUCUCGCCAGCAACAUUCAGCUGCCUGCUGCAAGUGUGGCUCAUGUCGCUGCAACAGAGAGCAGAUGUGCUGCUCAGAGGGAUCGUGACCAGCACCACCGCCAUCAUUUCCUACUUAAGCAGGAUUGCACCACUGUUGAGAAGAAGAGGCAGACAGGGCAGCAACCAAAGCACCAGCACCAGCAGCAGCAGUAGCAGCAGCCACAGCCACAGCAGCAGCACGCAAAUAAUUAACGGACUUAAUAAACACUCAUGGAUAUUUUUAUUGAUAUAUUUGAAUUUAUCUGCUAAAGUUUGCCUAGCAGGAUAUCAUGAAAAGAGACUGUUACAUGAUCUUUUGGAUCCUUAUAAUACACUAGAACGUCCCGUUCUCAAUGAAUCGGACCCGUUACAAUUAAGCUUUGGUUUAACUUUAAUGCAAAUUAUUGAUGUGGACGAGAAAAAUCAAUUGCUUGUCACGAAUGUGUGGCUGAAACUGGAGUGGAACGACAUGAACCUCCGCUGGAACACCUCCGACUACGGGGGAGUGAAGGAUCUUCGCAUACCGCCGCAUCGCAUCUGGAAGCCGGACGUGCUGAUGUACAACAGCGCCGACGAGGGAUUCGACGGCACCUACCAGACUAAUGUCGUGGUGAGGAACAACGGGUCGUGUCUGUAUGUGCCGCCGGGAAUCUUUAAGUCGACAUGCAAGAUAGAUAUCACGUGGUUUCCCUUUGACGAUCAGCGUUGCGAGAUGAAGUUCGGCAGCUGGACCUAUGAUGGAUUUCAGCUGGAUUUACAAUUACAAGAUGAAACUGGCGGUGAUAUCAGCAGUUACGUGCUCAACGGCGAGUGGGAACUACUGGGUGUUCCAGGCAAGCGUAACGAGAUCUAUUACAACUGCUGCCCGGAACCGUAUAUAGAUAUAACCUUCGCCAUCAUCAUCCGCCGAAGAACGCUCUACUACUUCUUCAAUCUGAUUAUACCCUGUGUGCUGAUUGCUUCAAUGGCUCUGCUGGGAUUCACUCUGCCACCGGAUUCGGGUGAAAAAUUAUCGCUGGGUGUUACCAUCCUGCUCUCGCUGACCGUGUUUCUCAAUAUGGUUGCCGAGACAAUGCCGGCCACAUCCGACGCGGUGCCUCUGUUAGGUACAUAUUUCAAUUGCAUAAUGUUUAUGGUAGCUUCAUCCGUUGUGUCAACGAUUUUAAUAUUAAAUUAUCAUCAUCGAAAUGCUGAUACGCACGAAAUGUCCGAAUGGAUACGCAUCGUAUUUUUAUGCUGGUUGCCUUGGAUACUACGAAUGAGUCGCCCGGGACGACCACUGAUCCUGGAGUUCCCGACCACGCCCUGCUCGGACACGUCGUCUGAGCGCAAGCAUCAGAUACUCUCUGAUGUCGAGCUGAAAGAGCGCUCCUCGAAAUCGCUGCUGGCCAAUGUUCUGGACAUCGAUGAUGAUUUUCGCCACAAUUGUCGCCCCAUGACGCCAGGCGGAACACUGCCACACAACCCAGCCUUCUAUCGCACGGUUUAUGGACAAGGCGACGAUGGGAGCAUUGGGCCAAUUGGCAGCACUCGAAUGCCAGAUGCGGUCAGUCAUCACACGUGCAUCAAAUCAUCAACAGAAUAUGAAUUAGGUUUAAUCUUAAAGGAAAUUCGCUUUAUAACUGAUCAGCUACGUAAAGAUGACGAGUCAAAUGACAUUGCCAAUGAUUGGAAAUUUGCAGCUAUGGUCGUUGACAGACUGUGCCUUAUCAUAUUCACAAUGUUCACAAUAUUAGCCACAAUAGCUGUACUACUAUCAGCACCACAUAUUAUUGUCUCGUAGCCAUAUGGGCGAGGUGGUUAUUGUUAUUGGUUUUAUUAUAAAAUCAAUUUGUUAAUUAUUAAAUUAAUAACGAAACUUUUUAAGUAAAUUAAAACCAAAAGGAAAACUCUAAAAACCACAAAAAAAGAGAAAAACACUUGAUAUAAAUACCAUUGACUAAAUAAUACACACAGAAAAAAAACUAAAAAAAAAAAUAAACAAAAUCUUGUCUUUAAAAUACAAUAAUUUAAAUAUAAACAAGAGAACUCGUUUAAAGAAAGUCUUUCGUAAAAACCACAUACACAAAAAGAGACUUAAAAAAAUCAUGUCCUAAAAUUGUUUACAAAUUUUUAAUUCCAAUUUUCCUAAUUCUUUACAAAACAAAAAAAGUACCAAAAAACUGAUUAAAAAUUAAGUUUAAAAAGAGUAUCCCAAACCUCACCGCCAUACCCAACAGACAUUCUCUUUCAUUCUUCCACUGACUAUACUAUACAGAUACAUAUGUAUACAUAUACUUGUAUAUGUAGUUAAUUACAAUCAAAACGGGUAUAUUUUCUUUUAUAUUUUUUAUAUUUUAAAAAGCAAGACAAAUUUUCGGAAUUUUUUUUUUGGAUACACUUGAAAAUAUUAUGCAGUUGUUCGAAAGUCUCCAGAAGGGCAAGACCCCAAGAUACCCUUUUUGGAAGACUUCAUUUUGUGAGCUUUAUAGUGAAAAAUUGUAGAUGAAAAUAAAUUCCAAUAUAUAUUACUAUGUGAAUGUAUGUACAUGAGAUCGGAGCCCAACGUUUUUGGAUCCACUGAAGAAUAAUAACUAACCAGAAUAUUAAUCUUCGCAAGCGGCAUUGAGGUCAGUCCAUGGAAGUCAAUUCCAAGAAACCUUUCUGCUAACUAUGUAGACACUUAGGGAAAAUACAAAACUCAGCCACCCUUCUCCUCUCUAGAUAAAACUGCAUUUCCAAAACAGAACCAAUUAACCUAACAUAUCCACUACUACGUAAAUUUAGAUCCCUCCCCAUUUUACUUUUAUGUUGAACAGAACACGAUAGGAUAAUAAACACAAGAACCCAAAACCCAACACCUAAAAUCCCCUAAAAACCAAACCUCUUAAAGCAAACCAAAACCAAUAGAAUAACCCAUCCAAAUUGGAAUUAGAAAAGAAUUCACAAAAGUUUAACUACGAAAAAAAACGAAAGCGAGAUAUAUGACAAAAAAGAAAAUGAAAACAAGAUUUAUCCAGUGAUUUUGAGUGAACCAGCCCAUUGCGCUCAGCAGAUGGAAUGUGUCCCAUAGAUGGCAUUCCAUCUCGACUGGCGUUUCAUCGAGGCACAUUUGAUUAAAUUUAAUGGUUGCGAGCAAUAAUAUCUGCGUGUUGAUGAAUUGCAUGAUUUUUUGGUGAUGCAAACGAUGAUCGAGCGAAUUAUUGCGUGGACCCAGGUAUCGGGCAAGAGCUCGCUCCUUUAUCGCAGUGAGAACAGCGAAACAUCGUACACAGUCUAACUUUUGGUAUUGAUAUGAGUUGUCUAUGAUUUAUGAUUUUUAUUUUUGUGAUUUGAAAUUGAAUACUAAAAGUUUAUACACUGUACAAACACCAGAGGCAAUUCAUUACAAACAAAAAGCUGAACAAUGAAAAGGAUAGCGAGGCAAGUCGGACAAAUACGACAAAUACAAAAAUAUAUAUACCAAUAACAAUGAACAUCACAAGACCAUAGAACUCAGAACAUGCCGGUGCAUGGGUAAUUAUGUGCUUCGCUUCAGUAUUGAGCGCACAAAACAUACAAAUACAUACUUGAAAACGAAAAUAAGAACAAAAAACGAACAACUACAAAAGGACAACCAACACAUAUACUCGUAACCCAAGGAGCUUUAUACAAUUAUAUACAUACUCGUAUGAUAGAGUCGAUCUCUGCGAUCGGGAGUCAGUCUGCCCAAAUCCAAAAUCUCUCAUACAUUUGAUACAUAAAUCCACUGGCAAAUACUCGACUGUCGGAUGACUCUUAUAUUCCUAGAGUAUGAUCUUACAGUAUGUUACUGUCCGCUAUCUAGCCAAGCACACAAUUUCCACAACUAAACUAAAUAAAUAACACAGGCAAGAAAAUCUUAAAAAUUAACAGGGCAUGGGAGUCGGUUGAGCAAAUGCUAGGACCAAGACGGGGGAGAAACUCUGACAGAUCUUCCUUUACAGACCCGAAGAAGGUCCCAGGCCAGAGACUUUUCCUUCCUUGACUCCUUGCCAUUUUCUCGACUCGAGAGCCCAUGACCAAAUCGAACGAAUGAAAUGAAAAAUUGAGUUUGACUAAUUUCACACAGCAUUUUCUUUCCACACAAAAGAAAACGUUCAACAUGGAAUUAAUUUUUUAAUUUUUAAGUUACAGUUAUUCUGCUUCUAAUUGUAAAUCUUGUGCAAUGAAAACAAUCAGAAUUUUUCUUUGAAUAUAAAAUAAACUAAGCGAAAUAUUAUCAGAAACUGAUACAAGCAAAAAAAAAGGCAACAGCAACAGCAGAGAAAAAAACAAACAACAAAAACAAUAAUUUGCAAGAAUAAAUAAUGGAAAAUAUGAUAAGAUGAUAAGUAACUAAACGAAGUAACAGAACUUAGUCUAAGCAACACAGAUUACACAGAAACAGAUGCAGACACAGACCGAGGAACUCGUGCGAGUAGCUGUAGCUGUAAUUAAGAUUCUAUCCAAAGAGCUGAAAGAAACAGAGAUUCGAGUACAACCACAACAGAACAGCUAGCAAUAGUUUUAAGACAAAGACAAAGACAAACCAAACGAGGAUAUUGAGAAAUGGUUCUACUCGUAUUCGGAUUAUUUUUAAUUUUAAAUCAGUUUGGGUUUUAGACAAUUUUGAAGCAAUUUUAUAUCGAAUUUUGUAUGCCAGCCAUUUUAUAGCUAUAUAAACAUUUGAUUAAACCUUUCCAUUUCUGGAUUAACGUUUUUUUCGGGACAGUUUGAAUUUGUAUGUAUAAAUAAGGAUUAGCUUUUGAUAAACGAUAAAUGGGGUAACCGAAAAUGUAUGUGGAAUGGAGAUAUUUUGAUGAAAGGUGAAAUUCGAUGUAUAUUUUGUUAGAUUCCUACCAGAUCAGCGCGAAUACAAAUAGAUCAGAGACAGAAACAGAUAGACAGGUUUUGUGGGGAUUUUUGUUCGUCUUUUUGAUAUGGAUAUACGUUUAUUUUGUAUGCUUUUCCAACGUGAACGUCAGUGAGAACAAUUAACGAUAGAUUUCAAUCCUACGCAUAAGAAUAUCUACAAAUAGAGAACAUAGCAACAAGCUGCCAGCAUGAGAAAUAAAAACAAUAACUAAUUUUAAAUAUUUUAUACAUUUCCAUCAUUUGUGCUCAUUUCAAAAAACAAACAAAAAAGCGAGUCAGAAAGGAGGAAACAAAACACUCAAACAGCCCUGGACAGAUUUCAGCCAGCAGUCGAUACGGGAUUAUGUUCAACAUUCAAUUAGCUGAAGUUGAAGAAGAGUCUACACAUAAGCAAUUUUUAAACGAAAUGUCACCCAAGUAAAAAAUAGAUUUAGAAAAUAGUGAGGCCCCACCAUGUGGUGGUGGAGGUGGAGAUGGAGGCAGAGAUGGUGGUGGAGGAACCUAAUCGAACAUAUUAUUCACAUCCAGACAACUGGGAAAAGUUGGCUGGGAUUAAUACUCGUACUAAUACAUUUCUAGGGCGUAAAAAGGACAGUUGGAACGGACAGUGGAAAGUGUUUCUUUCAUCAUACAUACAUAGGUACACUAAAAUGAUAUUCAUAUAUGUGUGUAUGUGUGAGUGCAGACAUAUAUAUACUUCUUUUUUACACUGGCAAACAAGUAUAGAGUAUACAUACAUACAUAUAGCAUACAUGGUAAUACAUAAUACAAGAAAAUAUUUGAAAGCAAAUGAAACUUUUUCCUACAACUAGUUGCAUUUAAAUGAAUUUUAAAAAAUAUACAUAAAAGUAUAUAUUUAUUAAAACCAAAACAAAAACCAAUGAAACACAAAACCAACUCUUUCUCUACUAAAAACAAAACCAACAUACAGAAAAAGAAACGCAAAGAAAAUAAAAUAAAACUUUAAUAUAAAAUUUAAUUAGACAUUUAAUAAGGGUUCAAUGAAAACCGAGUCAAAAGAGAAGCAUCGUAAACUAGUAAAUAUUUAAAUUAAAUUAAUUUUAAAAAGUGAAAAACAAAACAUAAAACUAAAAAAAUACAAAAACAAAAGAGAAGCGCUGAUUUUUUAUGUCGUUAUUAGUAAUUAAAUUUAAAUAAUUGCAUAUAAAGAAAACAUACAGAAUUAAAUGAAAAAACCAAAAAUAUAUGAUAAUAAAAAUUAGAAGGAAAUUGACAAAUUGGUCAUUUUGACCUAGUAAAUUAUAGAAAAAAAUAAAACCAAAAUUGAAAGUAAACCAAAACAAAAAAAAAAAAACCAAAAAAGAACAUAAGAUGGAACCCCGAGAAAACGAUUGUAAAAUUUUAAUUAUUAUUAUUCAAUAAUAAAUACAAAAAA